UCAACAUAUCUUGUUCCUGAUUUUUUUUUUUUGGGGCUAAAAUCCAGUGCUAUUCCUUGAGCUCUAAGAGGAAGAGAAUCUUUCUAGUUCUCAAUUUUUGGUGACAAGUAGGUAUUUUAUACAGAUAUACAAUAUACCUUCUCUUUUGUUUUCCUCUGCGUGUUUCGAGAUUAAGUUUCUUGAGGAGGAAGAUCUAGACAAAGAGGGAGUCGCAACUAAGGGAUGAACACCAAGGCUUUGACCUUUGCCACACAGAUCAUGGUGAUGGCCAUCCUCAUCUCGGUCGUGCUGCUAUUUGUGGGCAUUGGUGUGCUGGUGCUGAUCCAUCUCUGUAUCGUUGGCAGAGCAUUCCAAAGGGGCUUCAGGACCAUGGCAAGGCCUGAUAAUGACAGGAGGGGUUUGACGCCAGCUGAACUGGAGAAGCUUCCUUGCUAUGAAUUCGAGGCUGACGAGAAGAUGAGUGACACAGUGGAUUGUGCUGUGUGCUUGGAGAGCUUCGAGGUGGGUGACAGGUGCAGGUUGCUUCCACCAUGCAGCCAUAGCUUCCAUGCUCAGUGUGUUGACUCUUGGUUGCUCAAGUGCUCGGUGUGUCCGAUAUGCCGCGCCAGCGCCAGGAAGGCAACUGAUGAGGGAUGGCCUGGGAAUUUCGGUGGUAGUGGUGUAAAUGGGGGGGCUGAGAUGAGGGAGCGCCAAGUGGUGGUGGUUGGGGUAGAAUUUGAUCAGCCGGUUGAUCAUGCUUCCUCUUCGCGGCAUCAAAAGGGUCAUGGACCCGAUCAGAUUGGACCACACUUGGGCUCAAAUCUAGGGCUAAAUGAGACGAUCACACCUUGGAGCUAUUUUGGACCAUUCAUCUAUAAUCAAGCAGAUCUGAGCCAUCCGUUGAGAAUUUGGUCCAUCCGACCUAAUGAGGAGCAGAUCUAGUCCAUUGAUGAACAUCCGAAAGUUUUGAUCUAGAUCUGAGAUGAUCCAACCAUUGAUCCAGCCCAAAUCAAUCUGGACCAUCCAAUCAGAAUUGAAAGGGAUAUAAAUUGCGUGAGAAGCUACAGUGAAGCUCGGGCUCGGGCGUUCGCGAUUUCACACUGUAGCAGCUUCUUCUUCCUCCGCGGCCGAUGCUCCCAUUCCACUUCCAGAUCUGAUCUUCACUUCUCUUCAUCUCCGGCGAACCUCUAGUGAUCCGGCGACCAGCAGACGAAGCGCAGAGCAGCGAUUUAGGGGCGUUCUCCUGUUGUGAUCUUGCUGUCCGUGAGCUUCAUCCAAGCCAGAUUUAGGGGCGUUCUCUUAUCUGAGCUUCUGCCAUUCUCUCUGGGGGAUUUAGGGGCGUUCUCCGGUUCUCUAGAGAUCGAUUCAUCUUCAUUUCCACCUCGCGUCUCCGGAUUUAGCAAGAGUGCUCUGUUUCUUCGGUGGCUGGUGAUUUCAGGUGAAUUUGAGUUAAUUAGGGCGUUCUCUAUGGCUUUUGAAUUCUCCUGAAUGUGCUGGUGAUUCAGAGGUAGCCGGUGAUUGCCGGAAGGGCGUUCCCAGAGGCAAAUCUGUGGUUUCAAUAGAGAGAAGAGAGGUUUAGUUUCGGUUUCGGUUUGUGGAAUGUCUUUAGGCUUUUGUUUUCUUUAACUUUGUCUUUGAAUUUUUUCAAACUUGCUCAGAUCGUCAGAUCUGAUUCAUUGUCUUUA